CUUAUUACAUCACCACCCCGCGACAGUGGAAGGCGGGCGAGGAGAACCAGGUGUGCGUCUACGUCCCCAACCCGGCGUCUCCUGAGGGCAGCCUCACCCUGAGCAUGACCUCGAGGACCUACAGGAGCGGCGAAUGGGUCACCAACACUCUCCUGGCUGGACACACCAUCCAGAUCCCGGCAGGAAAGACAGAGAAAUGCGAGGACAUCAAUCUCGAGCCAACUGAUGUCUACAGAGGUGACCUUCACCUGAUCGGCAAAGUGGGCGGAGCCGACCUGAACGAGACCCGAAACAUCAGGCUGAGGAGGAGCUACAACCUGACCUUCAUCCAGACGGACAAGUACCUGUACCAGCCAGGUCAGGAGGUCAAGUUCAGAGCCCUCACUGUGUACGGGACCAAGGCUCAGGUCGCUAUGGAGCCGUACCCGGAAAUCUGGGUCACAACGCCAUCCCGAACACGCAUCGCCCAGUGGAAAAACGUCAGCACAUCGGUCGGUCUCGUCCACCUGGCCUUCCAGCUGGCGGACGAACCCGAGGAGGGCUCCUACACCAUCCACGUCGAGGGGCCUGACGGCAGGUUGAACACAAACCGAUUCAAGGUCGAGGAGUACGUCUUGCCGCGGUUUAAGGUCAAGAUGACGCCGCCAAAAUACAUCUUGGCUUCCGAUGACGUCUUCAGCGUCUGUGCCCGGUUCACUUUCGGGCAGUGAGUGAAGGGCACCGUCGCCCUCGAGGUGAGCGACGGCGAGAGCCCAAGGUGCAGGGUCGAGGCCGCGAGGAAUAUCACGGGCUGCAAAGACUUCGAGAUCACUGCAGAGGAGAUGCGCAUCACCGACUGCAACGUUUACAACCUGAGAGCCUCUGCAGCGGUGGAAGAGGAGGGCACUGGUGUCACAUUCAGUGCCACAACCAGUGCCAACGUUAUGAGGACGGCCGUCAAUUUCGAGACAGUCUACGCGGAUAAUUAUAAGAAGCCGAACCUGCCUUAUACAGUCAAGGUGAGAGCUGUCCUGCCUGACAAAUCCCCCGCAGCUGGCGUCCCCGUCGAGGUGUGUGCAGCUGGCAGAUGCAAGAACAUGACGACAGCUGCCGAUGGUCUGUUCACUGCCGUCGUUUCUUCGGACAACACUAAUAGGAUUUUCAACCUGGGCUCCCUCAUCCGCAUGCCGUACGGGUGUGGCGAGCAGAGCAUGAUCAACUUCGCCCCCAACAUCUACAUCAUGCAGUACCUGGAGGCGACCAACCAGGGCACGCCGGAGAGCACGGAGAAGCUGCUCAGGUUCAUGAGAACAGGAUACCAGAGGGAGCUCCUGUACCGACGAAACAACGGAUCCUACAGCGCCUUCGGGAAUGCUGAUGACUCUGGCUCCACUUGGCUCACUGCCUUUGUCCUCAAGUCCUUCGCUCAGGCACAGCCCUACAUCUCGAUCGACGAAGAAGGCCUGGACCAUACGAAAACAUGGCUCAGCAAGUCGGAACGAGACUCCAACGGCUGCUUGGUCUCCGUCGGAAAGGUCUUCCACAAGGGCCUAAAGGGCGGGCUGGCUGACAGCGGGACGCCCGUGCCGCUGACGGCGUACGUGCUGACCGCCCUGAUCGAGGCCGGCACCCUCUCCACCGCCAGGAUCGUGACGGACGCCACUCGCUGUGUGCUCUCCGACACCUCCAGGGACCCGUACACCAUUGCCGUGAAGGCGUACGCCCUGGCCCUGGCGAAGCACCCCGAAGGACAGACGCUCCUGCAGCAGCUGAUCGACAUGGCUGUGGUGGAGGAAAACGCCAUGUACUGGGAAACGUCGACAGGAAGUUAUAAGAGCAAUGCCCUUUCCGUGGAGACCGCUGGGUAUGCCAUCCUCGCUAUGAUGGCCCAGGAUCCCGAGCAGCACAUCCUGAACGCGAGGAAAGUGGUCAAGUGGAUCACCACCAAGAGGAAUGGCCUUGGAGGGUUCUUCUCCACACAGGACACAGUCGUGGCUCUGCAGGCCAUGGCCAGCUACGAGACCAACACGCACCAAGGACCCUUGGAUGUCGCGGCCACUGUCACUGCCCAGGACUUCUCUCACUCCUUCACUGUCAACGAAAACAACAAACUCCUGCAGCAGCUCCAGAAGCUGCCGACUUUCCCGACCGACGUCACCGUCAACAUAGAAGGCCAAGGGUGUGCUGUGAUGCAGGCUGUCCUCCGCUACAACAUCCCCGAGCCGGAAGCCAGCGACGCCUUCGACCUCAACGUCACGGCGACCAACGACCCAAGCGGCGGCUGCAUCUCCAAGCGAGUCAAGGCCUGCUCCAGCUACCUCCUCCCCGACGGCAAGUCCAACAUGGCCGUCAUCGAAGUCAACCUCAUUUCUGGCUUUAUUCCGGAGAAGGAGGACCUCAAGUCAGUCGUAAACCGAAACCAUAAGGUGGUCAAGCGCUACGAGGUGGAUGGCAGCAAAGUGUCCUUCUACAUCGAGGAGUUCAAGGCCGGAGAGGAAGUGUGUGUCAGCUUCCGCAUCUUGCGUGAGGUGGAGAUCGAGAACACCAAGCCCGGCUCGGUGGUCGUCUACGAUUAUUAUCAGCCCGAGUUCGCUGUCAGCAAGAGUUACAGCUUCCCGGCCAUUGACGGAUGCACGCGGUGAGGCGAAGGCAGCUGUUUCAAAAGUGCAGCAGACAACACCUUCACUUGCACUCUCUUCUCUCAUCCGUAGUUGCACAUGCACUUUAACCUUGGUCAUGUUACUUAGUUAUUUGAUAUAUUUU